AUGGAGGAAAAUCAAGCAUUUCCAAAAGUCGAUGUACACUAUAAUGGUACAUUUGUGCCUAAUCCAUUAGUGUAUUUUGCUCCAGAAGUACUACGACUGAAUGAAGAUGCAAACGAGUUUGUUUUCUCCGAUUUCAUCAAAUAUGUUGAGACGCUUAUUGAUUUUCAGUGCAAACAUGUGGAUGUGUAUAUUGAGCACAAUAAUGAACCUAUAUUUGAGUGGAUUCAGAAAGAAGAACCAGACGAUGAAGAACCUGUGUAUUCAGAAGAAUAUGUCGACUCUGUUUUGGCUGAUGAUGAGAGUUGUGAACAUGAAGAAGAUGAAUCUGUUACAACAAGCAAAAGAAUCUUCAAAAGAACCUAUAAUAAUAAGUUUUUGAACAAGUUAUGUCCAGUAGUUGUUGCAGAUGAAGAUGAAGAAGGCAAUGAUACAAACACUUUUACUUACUUUUUAUACAUGCAAGUGCUAACUAACUUUUUGUAUUGA